AUGGUCGCUCAACAUUCCCGCCGACUUGUCCGGCCUCUGCUCUACACCUCUGCGGCCCUGGCUGCCGGAGCAGGAGUUCUCUAUAUCUCAUACCGUCCCCGCAAUAUUCCGGGUUCCGAGCCUGCUGUCGUCCCUCCUCCCGGUUACAGUUCUGGCAAGCUUGUACCGCCGAACUUCCCGCGCAUCAAGUCUCGUGAUGAACAGAUCCUAGAUCUUAAACGGAGCUCUGGGAUUGUGGAUUCUGGGUCUUCCAAAGGUGCUGCGAGCACCAUGGGAGGCGUGGAACCCCCCAAGGAUGAGCCGUACGAUCUCCUGGUCAUUGGAGGAGGAGCUACGGGCUCCGGAAUCGCACUCGAUGCAGCUACACGAGGUCUCAAAGUCGCGGUUAUCGAAAGAGACGACUUUAGUGCUGGAACAAGCAGCAAGAGCACGAAGCUAGUUCAUGGCGGUGUUCGGUAUUUGGAAAAGGCCGUUUGGGAGCUGGACUACAACCAGUACAAGCUAGUGAAGGAAGCACUCCGUGAGCGGAAGUACUUCUUGAAUACCGCUCCCCAUCUUUCUAUGUGGCUCCCAAUCAUGGUUCCCGUUCAGAAGUGGUGGCAGGCGCCAUAUUUCUGGGCUGGCACCAAGUUCUAUGAUUUCUUGGCGGGAUCGGAAGGCAUUGAGAGCUCCUACUUCCUGACGAAGAGCAAGGCCCUGGAUGCCUUUCCGAUGCUGAAGAAGGACGAUCUAUUCGGAGCCAUGGUUUACUAUGAUGGGGCCCACAAUGACUCUCGCAUGAACGUCUCGUUGGCAAUGACCGCUGCUCUGUACGGAAGCACAGUGGUCAACCACAUGGAAGUGACGGGCCUGACCAAAGAUGAGUCGGGUAAGAUCAAUGGGGCUCGCGUUAAGGAUCUGAUUGCAGAGAAGAAUGGCCAGAAAGCCGAAGAAUUCACUGUUCGGGCAAAGGGUGUCAUCAAUGCGACCGGUCCCUUUUCUGACUCAAUCCGAAAGAUGGAUGACCCCAGCGUGAAGGAGAUCGUGGCCCCGAGCUCCGGUGUCCACGUUGUGUUGCCGGGCUACUAUAGUCCUUCCAACAUGGGGCUGAUCGACCCAUCCACCUCCGACGGUCGAGUGAUCUUUUUCCUGCCAUGGCAAGGUAACACGAUCGCCGGGACGACGGACCGACCCACAGAAAUCACGCCUCAUCCGCAACCGGAUGAGCAGGACAUCGAAUGGAUUCUGUCGGAGAUCCGUGGCUACCUAGCCCCGGAUAUCAAUGUUCGACGGGGUGAUGUACUUGCUGCCUGGGCUGGUAUUCGGCCUCUGGUGAAGGAUCCGAAAGCGAAAAACACCGAGUCAUUGGUCCGGAAUCACCUCAUCACAGUCUCACCGUCAGGUCUGUUGACCUGUGCCGGAGGCAAGUGGACGACUUAUCGUCAGAUGGCGGAAGAAGCAGUCGAUGAGGCCAUCAAGACCUUCGGUCUCCAGACCCGGAGGGUGGAGAAGGUCCCGGAUAUCAGCGGUACAGGGCUAAAGACGGACGAGGUCGACCUGGACGGUUCGUGUCACACACAUCAAGUCCGUCUGGUUGGCGCCCACGGCUACUCCAAAACCCUCUUCAUCAACCUGAUUCAGCACUUCGGUCUUGAAACAGAUGUUGCGAAGCAUUUAACCGGAUCCUACGGCGACCGAGCGUGGCAGGUUGCAGCUUUGUCGUCCCCAACUCACUCUCGGUGGCCGGUUCGAGGCAAGCGUCUCUCACCGUUGUACCCGUUCAUUGAUGGUGAGGUCCGCUAUGCGGUGCGUCAUGAGUAUGCCCAAACCGCCGUGGAUGUGAUUGGUCGAAGAACUCGGCUGGCGUUCUUGAACGCCCAAGCGGCCCUGGAGGCUCUUCCUGGUGUGAUCGACCUAAUGGCAGAAGAACUGAACUGGGACGAGAAGAGGAAAGAUCUUGAAUGGAAGGAAUCCCUCCAAUAUCUGUCCUCGAUGGGUCUUCCGAAGAGCCGUCUGAACAUGACCAGGAAAGAUGUGGAAAGCGGUAAAGCAAUUGCUUUUGACGAAGAUGAACGCAAACUGUAUUCUAGGACCGAUGGGCCUGCGGACGUACUGGACAGCGACCGACCAUUACUCGGAACGGCCAAACAAGACCCGGCAAUGCGCCCGGAAGCCCCUGAAGUCUAG